AUGGGAGACAAUAACAAUUCUCAAGGACGUGAUAAAGGUCUUGAGAUGAAGAAGGACAUACGAUGUCCGAUGCUAUCAUCGACCAACUACACCGUAUGGUCGAUGCGAAUGAAAGUGAUGCUUCGUUUAUACGAUGUUUGGGAUACGAUUGAUCCAGGGAGCGAUGAUGCAAAGAAGAACAAUAUGGCGAUUGCUCUAAUCUUUCAAUCAGUCCCGGAAGUGCUAAUACUUCAGAUAGGAGAACAUGAUACAUUGAAGAAGAUUUUGGAAGCUAUCAAAUGCCGUAACCUGGGUGCUGAUCGCGUGAGAGAAGCAAGGAAAAAGUUUAGGCUUAGCAUCGAGAGCAGCCGCGUUAGGAGAGAUAAUGGAAGAAUCGAAGAUGUUAAAGAAGUUUCUGAAGGGACUUCCAAGAACGAAGUUCAUUCACAUCAUAGCUUUGUGGGAACAAGUGCUGGAUCUAAAUUCAACGGGAAUGAUACACAAGGUCGUGGAAGCCAUAACAACUCGCGAGGAAGAGGCAGAGGUAGAAGUUAUGGUGGAAGAGGAAGAGGACGAGGAAGGUCUAAUGGUUCUGAUGGUCAUAACAAAGGAGGAGAAGCUUCGGACACGACAAAGAAGGACUACUCUAAAGUUAAAUGUUGGAGAGGCGACAAGAUGGGGCACUUCGUGUCACAUUGUCCUAGACGACCAAAAGAAGAAGCUAACCUAACGGAAACACAAGAAUCAGAUGCAUUAUAUAUGCACGAAGUUGUAUUCCUCAACGAAGAGAGAGUGUUCCUUAAGAGGUUGGACGAGUGUGAUGGAAAUACGAGUAUAUGGUACCUUGACAAUGGUGCAAGUAAACAUAUGACAGGCAAGAGAGAGUUCUUCUCAAACCUAGACGAGAGCAUCAAAGGCAAAGUCAAAUUUGGCGAUGUUUCAUACGUCAAAAUUGUCGGGAGAGGUGUGAUUACUUUCGUUGGGAAACAGGGGAGAGAAGAGCACUCAAAUAUAUCUACUACAUCCCAAGUCUUAAACACAAUCUCAUAA